AUGAACAUAUUCUCAUCACCCGAUCCCGCUGUUAAAAAGCUAUUAGGCUGGAAAUUGGGAGAUGAAGAAGAUAGAUGGGCAUUGAAAGCUGUAGACUCUUUGGUAAAGAAGAUGCGGAAGCGGAAGAAUCAUUGCUAUGGCACUGUUGAAGAUUUGGAGCUCAAAACAAGUGAAGAUUGUCUCUUUCCAUAUGAUGCACGAAGUGAACAGGUUGGCAUAAUAAUAGGAGAUUACGGGUUACUAUCAUGA